UGAAUUUGGCAGUGUGAAAGAGAAGAUAUAAGAAUAAAGUAAAUGAAUGGAUCUGUCUGAAGAAAAAGACAUGAAGCUUUGCUUUGUCUCCAAAGUGUAAAGCGUUUUGAUCGAAGGCGAAAUAAACAGAAAAGUAGAAAGCAACCAAAAAUCACCUGUCUUUAUCCGUUUGUGGUGUUCAUCAGAGAAACCCUCCACUCGUUUACUUUUUCUUUUGACAUCCCCUUCUCACCUUUUCUAUCAGAAUGGAUUCCGUUUCGGACCCACCCUUUCAUGAAGCAUACAAGAUCCUAUAUGACAAGACCCGAAACACCAUUCAAGAGAAUAAUGGGUUUGAUAGCGAUCUCCUGGUGGCUGCCGAGGAAUGCGAGCUUCCGGUCAUCGAUCUCAGCCGCUUGGAGGACAGUGACGAGACUGUGAGAGAAGAGUGCAAGUCCCACAUUGCUAGGGCUUCAAAAGAGUGGGGUUUCUUCCAGGUGGUGAACCAUGGUAUUUCCAGUCAUAUUUUCAGCAGGUUGAGAUGUGAGCAAGAGAAAGUCUUCAGGCAACCCUUUGAAAAGAAGACCAAAGAAGACAAGUUCUUGAACUUCUCCGCCGGAAGUUACCGUUGGGGAGCCCCCACUGCCACAUGCAUUAGACAGUUAUCUUGGUCGGAAGCGUUUCAUAUUCCUCUUACCGAUAUACUAGGAUCAUCUGGAUCAAACUCUCUCAGUUGGACAAUUGAACAGUUUGCUACAACAGUUUCGAGGCUUGCACAAACAUUAGCCGACAUACUGGCGGAGAAAAUGGGUCACAGGACAAGUUUCUUUAAGGAGAAUUGUUUGCCCAACACAUGCUAUCUUCGACUGAAUCGAUAUCCCCCGUGCCCUACAGCUUUUGGGAUUCACGGUCUGAUGCCACACACCGAUAGUGACUUUCUCACCAUACUACAUCAGGAUCAGGUUGGGGGUUUGCAGUUGGUCAAAGACAGAAAAUGGAUCGCAGUUAAACCAAACCCCGAUGCUCUUAUAAUCAACAUCGGCGACUUGUUCCAGGCAUGGAGCAACGGAGUGUACAAGAGCGUUGAGCAUCGCGUUAUGACGAACCCGAAACUAGAGAGGUUCUCCAUGGCGUAUUUCUUGUGCCCUUCAAACGACACCGUGAUAGAGAGUUGCAGAGAGCCGUCUAUUUACAGGAAAUUCAGCUUUCGUGAGUAUAGAAAACAAGUUCGGGAUGAUGUUCAGAAGCUGGGUUCCAAAAUAGGCCUGCCCAGAUUUCUCACACACGAAGGAAGUUCCAACAUAUAGGAAGCACGUAAUCAUGAAUGAUUAUGAAAGAUAUUGUAGGUUACGUUACUGAAUAUAAGAGUGAAGAAGGUUGAAGAGAGGGAGAUGAAUGUAGGUUUGCGUUAGCAAUAAAAAUUUUGCAGAGUGUGUCAGCAUGGUAGCUGGUUUCAGUCUCCAUGUUUGAUGCUGUCUCAUUAUGUCUGCUACCUGUAAUAUAUAUACCACAAUUACAAUUUCU